AUGUUUCGCCUGGUGUCUUCAUUCGAUAUGUACCUUUCGCACGACUAUCGCGAUCCUAUACGGCACUUCGAGUCCAAUAUGUAUGGCAAAACAGCGGAGGCCCCACGAUGGGAAAUUUGUGUGCGAGAAGUGAUCGACUACUUGGGUAUACCGUUGGCUACAGCAUUCAUCGACACUCACUUUUCGACAGAAGACAGAGAGAAGGCUAUAGAAAUGAUGGCAGAUUUCAAAAAAGGCAUGGAAAGUCUUUUGUUGGAAGCUGAGUGGAUGGACGAUGACACCAGAACAGCCGCAUUGAAGAAACUCGAGAGCAUGAGAUAUAAAAUGGGAUUUCCUGACUACGUUUUCAAUGAAACCGAAGUGAUGCGGCCUUACAAGGGCGUUGAUCUUGCAGAGGAUCGCUAUUUUGCCAAUGCCGUAGAAUUGAGGAAGGCAGCUGUACGGUAA